UUGCGCGGCGCGAUCGAAGAGCUCUCGUCUCCGUGAGGAUUUUCCGGAAAAUGUUCCACAUUCUCUAAGUACCAAAAUCGAAACAGAAUCAAAAAAAUAUGUCUGCGAAAUUGUUUUGGUUGGGUCUAAUUGCCUGUGUAGUUUUGGCAAGGAGCGGUGUCUGCUUUGAGGCCAAACGUUUCUUCGGAGUGGGCAAAAGGAUCGAUGGAGACCAGCUCCUGGUCAAAGACGUGCGACACUCUCGUAUAUCCGGUGCCGAUGGGCUUCCCCGUGUGCCUUUCACCUACGAAGUUCAAGAGCCUAUCACUUGUGUGGAAAUCCUUUCGGAGGAUAACAUUGCGGCGGAGGUGAAAUUCAGCUUGGUGAAUCGCGUGGUUACGGGAAAAGUUGAGCUGGCGGCCAGCAACGAAACCAUUGACCCCAACUCCCUAGCCACUGCUCCACCACCCCCCGAAUUCGAUGUGACAAUCAUGGUGUUUGGUCUAAACGAGACCAAUUUGAAUGUUGAUCCGUCUCUGUUCCUCAAUCGUGAUCAACAAUUCGAGGGCAUGAUGAAGUCCUACGAAGAAUUCCUUCUGGAACAAGAGCAAUAUGUCGAGGUAUUUGAUUACAGCCAACGUGAUGCUUUGGAGGUGGACGAAGAACUGGACAAUCUCUCCGACGAGGACAUUGAAAUGUUUACAGAAGGUACAUACGUAGAAGAUGGGUUUGAGAAGCCGGACAAGAUUAUUGACAUUGGAAAAAGGCAGACGGGUGAUAUACUCCUUUACCAGUGCUAUCAGACCUCAUCGGAUGAUUCGGAAAAUCCAACCAACCACUCGGUGGUGUUCUACUACAUCGACAGCAACUCUAUAACUUAUGUACAGUUUGCGUUAAUGGAUCACUUUUCCAACAGGAACAUCUCGGAUGAAGGAUACCUUCCGCCCGUUGCGGAUUACAGUCACUACACUAGCGGCACCCUGAAGGCGGUCAUUACGGAUUUUAACUCGAAGAGCCUUUCUGUCCAGAUGUAUGUUUUCGGUUAUAAGGGUCGCCAGGCGCCCGCCAGUUAUGUGCCCUUUCUGCCGCCAUCCAUAGGACAACGGACGGCUUUGGAUAAAAGUUCGCCGCAUUUGACACCGCUGCAGACGAUGCAGUUGCUCCUGAUGACCGGUCAAAGGACAACACCGCCACCGGGGGCCUUUAACGACAGCGGCGAGCGUGAAGAGCAGCGGAGCAUUCGGCCGGAGGAGAUGAAGUUCGAGCGGUUUGAGGAUGAGAAUAGUUCGGCCCUGCGACAGAUGAACCACGGAAUGGGGGCACUGCUGGCCCUGCUGCUCCUGGUCCUGCACAACUAGUAGCCGGGGGAAUCAUUAGUUAAUCCACGGAAAGCUUUAUGAGUAGUCUUUAGUCCAACAUUCUGUGUAUUGUAUUUUACGAAAUAAACUUUUGGCCUAAGCCAAGGCACACAACA